UGCGGGAGGAGACGGCGGCGGCGGCGGAGGGCGGCGGGGGAGCGGCAUGGGCGCCUGACGCCCGUCCCGUCCCGCCGCCGAGGGACCAUGGCGCGGCCCUGCGGCGGGCGGUGGCUGCUGGGCGUCCUGCUCGCCCUGUGCCGCUUGGCCGCGCCGCUCGCCAAGAGCCUGGACCCGGUCUCCUGGAGCUCCGGUAACCCCAAGUUCAUGACUGGGAAGGGUCUGGUCAUCUACCCGGAGAUUGGGGAUAAACUGGACAUUAUCUGCCCCAAGGCGGAGCCAUCCAAGCCUUAUGAGUACUACAAGUUGUACCUGGUGAAGAAGGACCAGGCAGAUGCCUGCAGCACCGUCAUGGACCCCAACGUGCUGGUGACGUGCAACCGGCCGGAGCAGGAGAUCCGCUUCACCAUCAAGUUUCAGGAGUUCAGCCCCAACUACAUGGGCCUGGAAUUCAAGCGGCAGCAGGAUUACUUCAUCACAUCCACUUCCAACGGGACACUGGAUGGCCUGGAGAACAGGGAAGGAGGGGUCUGCCAAACACGCUCCAUGAAGAUCGUCAUGAAAGUGGGGCAGGAUCCGAACGCAGUGAUCCCAGAGCAGCUGACGACAAGUCGGCCGAGCAAGGAGUCCGACAACACCGUGAAGAUUGUCACACAGAGCCCACGCAGCAAGAUCCCUGUGGUGGAGGAGCCUGGCAAGCCAGGCUCUGUCAACCAGGACGGCCAGGAGACCCAAGGUCCAAGCGAUGGCUUCUUGAGCUCCAAAGUGGCCGUCUUUGCGGCGAUCGGCGCUGGCUGCGUCAUCUUCAUCCUCAUCAUCAUCUUCCUUGUCGUCCUCCUGAUCAAGAUCCGCAAGCGGCACCGGAAGCACACGCAGCAGCGAGCUACAGCCUUGUCCCUCAGCACCUUGGCCAGCCCGAAAUGCAGUGGGAACGCGGGCUCCGAGCCCAGCGACAUCAUCAUCCCCUUACGGACUACAGAGAACAACUACUGCCCGCACUAUGAGAAGGUGAGCGGGGACUACGGGCACCCCGUCUACAUUGUCCAGGAGAUGCCCCCCCAGAGCCCAGCCAACAUUUACUACAAGGUGUGAGGAGCAGCCUUGCCAAGCCACCGAUGCAGGAGCACGGGAGCGCCGGGCACGGGGGGCAGCUGCCCCCAGGGUCUCCCCACGAGCAGUCUGGUGCCAGGAGGGAGGAAGCGACAUGAACCCCACGGCACGGCGCGGGGAGCGCCGGGGUCCGGCGCUGGAGAGCGGAUGGAUCACACACCGCGCGCUCCAUUCUCCCCUUUGUAUUUAGUUUUGUAGUUCUCAGCUUUUGUAAUCCCGAGACUCGAGGGUGAGCCUUCAGCAUCCUCCUCUUCGCCAGGACUGCGGUGGGUGCUGUGCCUUUCCGUGCUCGCUCGGACACCGCGGGCAAACACAGAGACUCCACCUCCCCUUCUUCACUGUGGGAUUUCCCUGCCUCACCCCUCUAUGUCCUUAUGGGAAGUGCCCGUGCGCCUGGUGCCGCAUCGGCCACCGCUCGGGUCCCGGAGCCCGGACCGACGCUGGGGCCACGGCGUGGAGCUGUCCGAGGAGCAGCUGUGUGUGGGGAGGAGGAGGAUGCUUUGCCUGGGUGCCGAGAUGCAGACAGCCGUGCAGGGAGGAAGCUGGCAAACCCCAUUUACUACUACUACUAUUAUUAUUAUUAUAAUUAUUUUAAUUUUUGGUAACAUUUUUAUUUUUGUGAAUUCCGGGUGGGAUUCCGGCCCGUUGCCUCCGGGUACCUGCCAUCACCUCCUUCCAGCACACCAUCCCACCGGCCGUGGGGCAGAGCCUGCUGCCCCCAGCACACCAUCCCACCGGCCAUGGGGCAGACCCCACUGCCCCCAGCACACCAUCCCACCGGCCGUGGGGCAGAGCCCACUGCCCCCAGCACACCAUCCCACUGGCUGUGG